GUGUUUCGCAGCGGGUCGUUCCUCCAGGCCUAAUUCGCCGCCAAACUCGAAUAGUCCUGCAAAUUCCAAAGUUUUUCGAACCAUUUGAAAAUUGGCUAUAUUCAGUUACUAACCCGUUCAUCUACAAAGUAAUUUUACUGCAUUGGAAAUGGUUGACCUAAGUGAAAAGGAUCUUAAUGAUGUUCACGAAAUGUUCCUACUGUUUGACACAAAAGGAGAUGAAAAAAUCGAGGCGAAAGAUAUUGGCGAAGUUGUGCGUGCAAUGGGUCUAAAUCCAACAGAGUCGGACAUUGGAAAAUAUGGCUAUCAAAAUAAUCCAAACGAACGUAUCAGUUUCGAAUCAUUCGUUCCAAUUUAUCAUGGUUUAUUAAAAGAACAAGUGGAAGUGGAUCAAGAAACGUUUAUUGAGUCGUUUCGUGUAUUUGAUAAAGAAGAUAAUGGAUUAAUUAGUGCAGCUGAAUUAAGACAUCUACUAACAGCACUAGGUGAAAAACUACGAGAUGAUGAAGUAGAUGUAUUAUUAUCUGGUUUAGAAAAUAGUCAAGGUCUUGUACCAUAUGAAGCUUUUGUACAACGUGUUAUGAGUUAAGACCAACCUUCAUUCUGAACCCGCAAAUCAUUAAAGUACCCUAUUCAACAGGUUGAUUUUUGAUAAAUUGCGAAAUAAAUUAUCAGCUUUUUUCAUUAUUUUACAACGUCAAGUUCUAUAAACGAGCUUAUUUAUGUGUUAUAUAUAUAUAUAUAUAUAUAUAUAUAUAUAUAUAUAUAUAUAUAUAUAUAUAUAUAUACUUUGUUUUGAAACACGACCAGGACUUUUUAUUUGAAAUGAAAGAAAGAAAUAUUUGUCUGACCCGCACAACUUUUUGGUGUAUAUUUCACCUUCCCACUCUCCAGUACAGUAAAACAAUGUGAAGUUUUCAAUUUAAUAUGUGCACUUUCCAAACGAAGGAUUUUUUCCUGAACCAUUAAGAAAUUUCCAGGAAUCAAUCAUAGACAUUCCUGGAUUUCUAGUAAGAAUUCGUGACCACUGAAAUUCAACCAUGUCGGAUGUGAGACAGUUAUCUACUUCAGGCAUUAGAAAAUGGCGGCUUAUCAUCCUGGAUUGAUUGGGGUUAUACAUGUACACUGUUGGGUCCUGAAUCUGUUCUGGGGGUUGAGCGUUCGCAUGCGAGACUGAAGGUCCUGAUUUCUCUUCUCUUUGACGAGGUCAUAGAUGUGCACUACUGAGAAGUCCUAUAUUAAGGCGAAACAGCUGUCUAGCACCUGAUUUUCAAUUGUAGUCUAGCUUAGGCCAGUUCGUGGUGUAAAUUAUGUACAUCUUUAAAAGGUCAAAUCUAUUGUUGUCGCUGAAAUUCGGUGAACUAGUUGAAAUUUACUCAUUACGAAUCUAAUUUAUUCCCCGUAAACAGAACCGCUUCUGGAUUACCACGUCAGACUUUGUUUGUGUCGUUAGUCAAUAUUGUUGUGUGCAGUACUUUCGAACUGUUGACUUUGAUGAUCUAGUCGCGAUUUCUUUGAAAUGUUUUAAAUCAAAUUUAAUGUCAUGCAUUGCUGUUGCUACUGGGAUGGAUUAUUUAUUCUGUUUAACCAAACAAGAAAUAUUGUUGUUAUCUGACCAAAAGGUAAAUUUGGAUACAUUAAACUAAACAGUAUUCGAGAUAGAUAAAUUAGUCACUUAAUACAUAUAUGGAACUUACGAAAUCAAUACACUAAGUGCUUUUUAAAAAACAAGAAUUACAACUAAAUUGCUGAGUGGCGUAUUUCGCUCAUUUGCUACAUAAUUUUGUCGUUUUUUUUGUAAACAUUUAUUUCCUUGCGAAAAUUAUACUCGUACAAGGUGGAUCACUUGAUUGAUGGAUAAAGUACUGUAGUAAUAGUUAAACUAUGCUAAACUGAUAAUGUAUUAACGGUACUAAUAUGGUUCUGAAACCCCUACUAAUCAAUCGAAUAGUUUUCGUAAGACACUUUUAACCAACUCCUAGAUGAAUAAUUAUACAUUCAACAAUUACAGCUAUUAUUUGUGUUUGUAAAAACUCGAAUCAAAAUAGGGUAUGAUGAAAAGAACAGUCACAAUAGCAGUGAAUAAUUAUUCACUAUCAAGUGUUCGAUGUGUAAAUUAUGGUCCUUUGUCGGUUAUGUUGAUCCAUGGUUGCUCAGCAUAUAAAUGAAGCAGCGAAUGCUUAGAGAUUGAAGUAGUCUGUUUUCAACCAGUAUUUCCCAGGCAUGUUAUCUGUAAUCUUCAUUUAAUUAACUUAUUACUCGUAACAAAAUAUAUAAACUCGAGUAUGCUACAGAUUUUUGAUCACGUGUCGUGAAACGAUUGAGUGAGUAGUGUUGAGGUUGGUCAUAAGGUAGGUGCUAGGCAAACCGGCUGGUGAGUUAGUGAAUCUUUAAUAAUCGAGGUGGUCGGGACAUGUCUCAAGUACACAUAACCAUCGCCUACCUCAACGAACAAUGUUUGCCGGCGUUUUUAUUUCAACACUUAAAUAUUGGUACAAGGGGGCACCAAAUAUAUAUUCGCCACACAAUAACAAUGAGAAUGGGAAGAGAAAAAAAGGAAGGUAAGGAGCGUAAAAGAAAAAAAGAGCAAUAACGACCAGAUUCGUGUAAAGUAGUGUAAUAAUGGGGGAGACGGAAAGGUACAACCAGAAGAAAUCUUUCAGUUAAAGAAGAUACAACCACUUUUUAUAAAGAAAGUAAAAGAAGGUUACAGCAGGAUCGCCACUAGCUUCUAUUCUGAACCAUAUCUGAUAACGUCUCCAGUCACUGUGUUGCACCAUCUCUCAGACCCCAGCCAGGGAGUCGUGAAGGGCCAACAAACGCCAGAACUUUGCAGCUUUUUUUCAUACACUGACCACCUCUGCGCUUUUCCCAACCAGUCCCAUCGUCGGCAAAUAAUGCACGACGUGGAAUUCGCUGGGACGACAUUCGUAGAACAUAUCCAAGCCACUAACGUCGACGUUUCAAGAUGGUGACACCAAUUGGAUUAUGGUCUCUAUGCCGAACCUCUGCAUUACUGACAUGGUGUUGCCACUGGAUGUCAGCAAUCCUUCGGAGAUAACGGUGAUCAAACACAGAGAGUCGUCUAACGUCCUCAACUCGGAGAGGCCAGGUUUAACAAGCAUAGAGCAAAACUGCUCUCACCAACGCGUUGUGGAUCCAACUUUUUACAGCCAGACUGACAUCACGAAGGCACCAAAUAUGGCCCAGAUUGGCAUAAGCCGCUCUGGCUUUCACUAUACGUGUAUUGAUCUCAUCACCCACGCCGCCAUCAACACUUAUGCAGCUACCCAGAUUCACAAAUCUCGCGACUACUUUUGUCUGCUCAGCACAAACAGUGGGCGCGUGUUUAUGGUCCUGCCAGUCAUGUAAAAUUACUUUGCACUCCGAAGGUGCAAAGCACAUACCGUACCUACGGGCAUUGAUUGCCAACUGAUUAAGUGCGGAUUGCAUGGCCUGGGCAUUAUCACGCAGUAAAACAAUAUCCGCAUACUCAAGGUCAGGAAGUCUUCCUCCAGGCAACAGAUCCACAUCGCCAUUACUUAUAUUCAUCAGAGCUGUUUCGAGAACGUCAUCGAUGGCAAAGUUGAAGACGACUGGUGGGAUUGGGCAACCCUGCUUAACCCCACUGCUUGAAUGGAACAAUGAAGAAAGGUGGUUGUAUGCCCUCACUCUGCUUGAGGUGUUUGUAUAUAGGGCCUUUAAGAUGUUAAUAAACUUCUCAGGCACACCCUUUUCCAACAGACAGUCAUAGAGAACAGUCCUGUCCAACGAAUUGAAGGCAGCCCUGAUGUCAAGAAACAUUAUGAUUGUUGGCCUGUGAUAAGUAUGGCGGUGUUCUAACAUCUGGUGGAGGGUGAAGAUAUGAUCAAUACAUCCUCGACGAGAACGAAAACCAGCCUGCUCCUCGCAAGUCAACCUUUCUCGGGUUUUGAACAAUCUACGAAGUGUGACGGAGGUCAAUAGUUUGGACGCAAUUGGAAGUAGACUUAUCCCCCGAUAGUUGUUACAGGAACGACGUGUACCCUUUUUAAAGAUAGGGACAUCUAUCGACUCAUUCCGUGAUGUUGGGACACUCUUUAGUUCCCAGACCUUUGUAAACAACGUAGUCAGUUCCUUAACCGGAAAGUCACCAACAGUAUUAAAAAGGGCCGGAACUAAGUCAUCUGGGUCUGGCUAUUUGUAGCGCUCCAAGAGUUGUAGUUGAUUGCGUACUUCCAUCCCGUUGGGUGGAUUAGUCGUCGCAGGUCAUGGAGGAUGGGACAGUCUUAUCGACAUUGCGGGGCAGCAGACCAGUUGAAUUGCCCUCCGAAGAAUUCUGCCCAUCGCCCAAGACAUUGAUGGAGGUUAGCGACUGGCAUGCCGUUAUCCUCACAGAUUGUUUCGCUCACACCAGACUUCUUGCUCCCAGUGGCUUGGAUGAGUUGGAAGAGCUUCCGGUAGUUACCAGAUGCAGCUGCUGCUUCAAACUCUGACCACCAGGCUUCUCGGUACUUACGCAAGUUUUGCUCAAUUUCCUCG